CGCCAGGGCAUUAGAAGCUGCGCUUCCCCACCACGUGGCUUCAACAUGGCCGAGUUUGUGGACCUGAACAUUCCCCACUUGGCAGAGAAGGCGUCGCUGCAGAAGCUGGUGGAGGCGGCAGCGCACCUUGGCUAUUCAACUGUUGCAAUCAAUUACGUCGUUGACUAUGAUGAAAAGAAGAAGGAAAUUGUCAAGCCAUUGUCUCCCAAAGAAUUGUUUACAGUCCUGCCUCUCGUACAGGGGAAAUCCAAGCCAAUUAAGAUUUUAUCGAGGCUAACACUUGUUGUUUCUGAUCCAUCGCACUGCAAUAUUCUAAGAUCGACAUCUACCAACAUAAAAUUUUACGACAUCUUUGCUGUGUUUCCUAAGAGUGGAAAACUCUUUCAUGUGGCCUGCACAACCUUAGACGUAGAUAUUGUGUGCAUCAACGUAACAGAAAAGCUGCCGUUCUACAUUAAGAGACCCUCUGUGAAUGUGGCAAUAGAUCGAGGCAUCUACUUUGAACUUAUUUAUGUGCCUGCCAUCAAAGACUCCACAAUGAGGAGAUACACGGUUUCAAAUGCGCUCAGCCUGAUGCAGAUCUGCCGAGGGAAGAAUAUAAUUUUAUCCAGUGCAGCAGAAAAGCCUCUACAACUACGAGGUCCGUACGAUGUGGCGAACCUAGGGUGGCUGUUUGGCCUGUCUGAAAGCAAUGCCAAGGCAGCAGUUUCUACGAAUGGCCGAGCAGUCCUGCUUCAUGGAGAAGCCCGGAAGACUGCCUCUGGCGUAGUGUACACCAAGAAAAAAACUCGAACCACGGAGGAAGAUGAGACUACUCCAGUCAGUAAAAAAGCCAAGACGGCUUUGUGACAAGAAGGCUCUUUUCAGGGGAGCCAUCAACCCCCCAAACCUCUAAAAUACCCCAGUUGCGUGGCUUGAUAAGAAUAGGGUGCUUUACAAUUUGACAAUUCAGUGUGGGUAAGCCUCAGUGGAGCGACUUGACUGUGGACACCAGGGCAGAAGAUAAUGUUCCAUGGCUUCCCAUUGGAAUAGGAAUGGGAGAUUACAGACACUCUCUUUUAUGAUGAAGCCUUUUGUACUGAAGACUUGCUUUAUUUUUUACCAACCCUUUUGUUUGGUAAGUUUCUAGGACUCGAAUCUCCCCAGAUGCGUAAUCACCUGAUCACUAUCAAAUCAGUUCGUGCACGCACACACAAAUGAUUGCAGAGUUUUCCUGGAACCUGACCACCGAAUUAAAGUCACAGGUUGCAACUGUGAAUUCCAAACUG